UGUCAAUUAAUUUUCAUCCUCAGGAAUUCACACUAGGCGCCAACUUACGCAUGUUAUCCUUUUAGUUGCUUCUGUCCACCUUUCAUGAAGCUCAGUAAUGGCUCCAAUCUCAAAGCGCAACCCAGUUGUUUCAGCACAUGUUAAAUACAGGGUUUCUUACUUGAAAUUCAUGGCUGCUACGCUACACCUACUCUGCUACUAGUCGGAGCAACUCUAAUGAAGCAGCAGCGGCAGCAAUUUACCAUGAAUAUCAUCCUAUGGCUUCUGACGUCUAUGAUCGUGUGCAAUGGUCUUCCACUGAAAGCAAACGUUUCUGGAAGGCCUGCAGUUGUGAAUAUUGGUGCUAUUUUUUCAUUCAAAACUGUUAUCGGAAAAGCUGCAAAAAUUGCAAUCGAAACAGCCAUAGAAGAUGUAAAUUCAAACCCAGAUAUCCUUCCAGGAACUAAAUUAAUACUACAGAUGAAGGACUCCAAUUACAGUGGGUUUAUGGCAGUAGUGGAAGCUUUACUGUUCAUGGAGAGAGAGACUGUAGCCAUAAUUGGUCCCCAAUCUUCUGUGACGGCUCAUGUGAUUUCCCAUAUUGCCAAUGUCCUGCGAGUCCCUCUAUUGUCAUUCUCAUCCACAGAUCCUACCCUGUCUCCAAUUCAGUUCCCAUUCUUUGUGAGGACUGCUCAGAACGAUUUGUAUCAGAUGUCUGCCAUUGCUGAAAUCAUAGACCAUUAUGAAUGGAGAGAGGUCAUAGCAAUCUACGAGGAUGACGAUCAUGGCAGAAAUGGGAUUGCUGCUUUGGGGGAUAAACUGGCCGAAAGACGAUGCAGGAUCUCCUACAAAGCGCGUUUAAGCCCAGAACCCACCCGGGAUGAAAUCACUGACGUGUUGGUGAAGGUGGCUUUGAGGGAGUCUAGGAUUCUGGUUGUACAUGUUCCUGGUAGCUGGGGUCUGAAAGUGUUCAGUGUGGCUCAGUAUCUAGGAAUGCUUGGAACUGGCUAUGUUUGGAUUGCUACUAAUUGGCUAUCUACCGUCCUGGAAACCAACUCCCCCUUAUCUCAAGAUGCUAUGGAUGAUAUUCAAGGUGUUGUUACGCUGCGGAUGUACACUCCAGAUUCACAACUCAAGAGGAGAUUUGUUUCAAGGUGGAGCAACUUAACCAGAGGAAAGCUAAUUGGACUCAACACUUACAGUCUGUACGCCUAUGACACAGUCUGGUUGCUAGCUCAUGCAAUCAAUGGAUUCUUCAAUCAGGGAGGAAACAUUUCGUUUUUAAAUAAUUCUAGAGCAUCGGAGCUGAGUGAAGGGAACUUACACCUUGAUGCUUUGAGCGUGUUUCAAGGAGGGAACUUGUUACUUGACAACAUUUUGAACGUCAAUAUGAAGGGUGUUACAGGGGAUUUCAGGUUUACUAGUGAUCGGAAUCUCAUUCAUCCUGCAUUUGAAAUCAUUAAUGUGAUUGGUACUGGCUAUAGAAGAGUAGGAUACUGGUCCAAUCAUUCUGGCUUAUCAACCGCACUUCCAGAAACCCUUUGGGAAAAACUGCCUAACCGUUCUAGCACAAGCCAAAUGUUACACGGAGUUGUUUGGCCUGGACAAACGACGCAAAAACCCCGUGGAUGGGUAUUUCCAAACAGUGGAAGACAUUUGAAGAUUGGAGUUCCUCAUCGUGUUAGUUACCGUGAAUUUGUGUCAGUAAGGGGCCCUGAUGUAAUUACAGGAUACUGCAUUGAUGUAUUCACUGCUGCUCUCAAUUUGUUGCCCUAUGCUGUCCCAUACAAAUUAAUUCCCUUCGGGGACGGCCGUACCAACCCAAGUGGCACUGAGCUGGUGCGUUUGAUCACAGCAGGUGUAUUCGAUGCAGCAAUAGGCGACAUUGCAAUCAUCACUAACAGAACAAAGAUGGCAGAUUUCACACAGCCAUAUAUUGAGUCUGGAUUAGUUGUGGUAGCCCCAGUUUGGAGGAAGAAUUCUAAUGCUUUUGCCUUUCUGAGGCCGUUCACAGGAAGGAUGUGGGCAGUGACAGCUAUCUUUUUCCUGCUAGUGGGAACAGUAGUUUGGAUUUUGGAGCAUAGGAUGAAUGAUGAGUUCAGAGGCCCCCCAAGAAGACAAGUAGUUACUAUUUUAUGGUUUAGUUUUUCAACUUGGUUCUUCGCCCACAGAGAAAAUACUGUCAGUGUACUUGGUCGCAUAAUUCUUAUCAUCUGGCUAUUUGUGGUUCUCAUAAUCAACUCUAGCUACACGGCCAGCCUUACCUCCAUCCUUACAGUGCAACAACUUAGUUCUCCCAUCAAGGGCAUUGAAACUUUGGUAUCAAGCAAGGAUCCCAUUGGCUACCAGCAGGGAUCAUUUGCUCGAAAUUAUUUAAUUGACGACCUAAAAAUCGAUGCAUCACGGCUGGUUGCUCUUAAUUCCCCGGAAGAAUGUGCUAAAGCUUUGAAAGAUGGGCCCCACAAGGGUGGUGUGGCUGCAAUGGUGGAUGACCGUGCUUAUAUAGAGCUCUUUCUCUCCACCAGAUGUGAAUUCAGUAUCGUAGGCCAAGAGUUCACCAAAAAUGGAUGGGGAUUUGCCUUUCCACGGGACUCUCCUCUAGCAGUGGACAUGUCAACUGCCAUUCUCAAACUUUCAGAGAAUGGAGAUCUCCAAAGGAUCCAUGACAAAUGGCUGUUAAGACGUGCAUGUAGUUAUCAAGGUGCAAAAAUGGAAGUGGACAGGCUUCAGCUUAGAAGCUUUUGGGGCCUAUUUCUCAUAUGUGGAUUAGCUUGCUUGAUAGCUCUCUUUCUGUAUUUCUUGAAAAUGGUAAGGCAGUUCAGCCGUCACUACUCUGAGGAAUCCGAUCUUUCAGGCCAAAGCGCUCGAUCUGCACGCAUUCAGACAUUCCUUUCCUUCGUUGAUGAAAAGGAAGAGGAGGUUAAAAGUCGGUCCAAGAGAAGGCAAAUGGAGAGAACCUCUAAUCGGAGUACUGAUGAUGGAUCAAAUAGCACUAGCUACUCCAUCAGAAGAAAUAGUGAAUUUGCUUCAAACAAAAGCCUUGGAGCUACCACUAAUAGGGGUGAAGUCUAGGUAAUGUUUGUUCCCCCCGCAUGAUUUUAUUUUUACAAAAAUAGAUAUUGAAAAAAGGAAAUCAAUUUAGAGAAGCAGUGGAGGCAUAUUAUGUAAGAAUCAAUCAGCCUCAGCACAUAAAGGCUAAGGGUAUAUGUCCUGCUUGUAUAGGCUUAUUUUUCCUUUUUUUUCUUCAUAAAUUUGACUUCCAAGGUGGGUUAUUGAA